AACUCUUGCAUUACUUCCCUUUAAUUGUAAAACGCCGUUUGUACAUAUUCGCAAAUUGAAAGAUAAAUAGCUUUUAAUAGCGUUUUAUAUUUAUAUGAAAGCAUUAAUGACGGCUUGGUACCAAAAAACGAUCAGAGGGGUGUUAUUAGAUAUAACUGGAGUGUUAUAUGACAGUGGACCUGAUGGAGGAGUUGCAAUUGAAGGAUCUAUCGAUGCUGUGAAAAGAUUAAAGGCCUCAGGUCUUCCAGUAAGAUUUUGUACCAAUGAAACCACCACCACCAGGAAAAAACUUGUGGAGAAGUUGUCAAAAGUUGGGUUUGAAUUGAAAGAGACUGAGAUAUUUCCACCAAUACCAGCUGUGUGUAAAAUUCUUCAACAAAGAAGCCUGAGACCAUACCUUAUUGUAACUGAUGAAUGUCUCCCAGACUUUGCGGCCGUUGAUCAGACCAACCCAAACUGUGUUGUUAUUGGAGAUGCUGAGACAAACUUUUCUUACGAAAAUCUUAACAGAGCAUUUCAAAUAAUCAAAUCCUUAGAAAAUCCAGUGUUAUUUUCAAUGGGCAAAGGAAAGUACUACAAGCAUGGAGGAAAACUGGUUUUAGAUGCUGGCCCAUUUAUGAAGGCACUCGAGUAUGCUUGUGACAUUGAAGCAGAAGUGGUAGGGAAACCUGCACAAGCCUUCUUUCAUACAGCUGUACAAGAUAUGGGCAUAACACCUGAAACAUGUGUUAUGGUUGGUGAUGAUAUAGUUGGUGAUGUUGGUGGAGCACAGAAUGCUGGUCUAAGAGGUAUACAAGUUAGGACAGGUAAAUUCAGGCUAGAAGAUGAGAACCAUCCUGUAGUGAAGCCUGAUGGAUUUGUAGACAAUCUUGCACAAGCUGUCGAUUUAAUUAUUGCUUAUAUGUCUAAAUAAAAACAAAUAGCUUUACAUGUACAAUGUAUAUAGAAAUAAAUGGUGUAAUUAUUGUAAAGGGAAGUAAUUUAUUUAUCAGAUUUUAAAGAAAGUAUAUGAUACUCAUUUAUUUUUGAAGGCACAUUAUGCAUUUUAUUUUUAAUUCUCUUGAAAUGCCAAGCAUGUGUUUAAUAAUGUUUUGGUAAUUGAUUUAGAGCAUAUUAUAUGUGCAACAUCUAAAGAAAAUAGCACUGAAUGUGCAGAAAUGUGUCAUAAUUUCAUAAAGGUAGCAAAAUGCAAACAAAGUAGUAUUUUCACUUCCAUACAAAAUACUAACUCACUAUAAUAAUACCCAUUGCCAACAAAGCAAAAGAGGCAAACGUUCAACUACAUGUAUUUUAAUUUUUGGAAAUUGUAACAAGAUAGAUCUACCAAAAAUAAGAAGUUUCUGAGUAAAACAAAUGGUAGCAUUUCUUUGGCUGAAUAUUAAUUUUCUACUUUAAUUAUUAUAAUUUAUGGAAUGUUUUGAUCAUGUUGUGUCUUUUUGUAUACAUGUACAUGUAUAAUGAUAAUUAAUUGUAUUUGUUGAUAAUUAUGUAGAAUAUAUAAUUUUAACAUUUGUAUAUCUAUUAUUAAUGUCUUGUAAAUUAAACCUCAUGUGAUAUAAU